CGCGCCAGUUAGAUCUACGUCAGCGGUCCGCCAACAAACCUUCAGAGCGACGUGUCCGUCUCUUCUUCUCUUCUCGUCAGCCUCAGCCUUGACACGCUACAAACAUCAUGGAUCAAGUCAUGCAGUUCGUUGAGCCGAGCCGGCAGUUCGUCAAGGACUCCAUCAGGCUCGUCAAGAGAUGCACCAAACCGGACAGAAAGGAGUUCCAGAAAAUCGCCAUGGCUACAGCGAUUGGGUUUGCCAUCAUGGGCUUCAUUGGUUUCUUCGUCAAACUCAUCCACAUUCCCAUCAACAACAUCAUCGUUGGUGGUUAAACGCUGGUCCGAUAUGGGACUUUCUGGAAUGGUGUUAUUGGGCUGGAGACUGAAGAGAUGACAUUUAUACCUUCUGUGGACAUUUGUAUUACAUGAUGUAAAUAAAAAACAACCAAAAGCU